UCGAAGCCCUAGGCGGCUUGGCCUGAAUAUUGAUUCCGAAAUUCGAUCUCGAUCUUCAGUUUCCGUUAGGGUUUUCGGGGUUUCUUUGCUCCGGGAAGUCGAUUUUUGAAGAAUGUGAUGUAGUUUUCUUUCUCAAUCAUGGUUUGAUUUGGGUUCUUCAAUGAUGGUGAUUUGGGACGGGAAAAUGAUUCGGAGGAUGAGGAUUCCGAUGAGGGUUUGGUUAAUUUUUCAAAAAUCUAUGGGGCUCCUCGUGGGUGGAAAUCACACAUCUUCCAGGUUUUGUACUCGAACGAACUCUGAGCGGGGAUUGGGGGUGGAGAUUGAAGAGAUGAAUUUGAAGGCUGUGAAAUGGCAGAUCAUUCAUGGGGCAUUGGCCAGGCGCAUUGUUGUUCGAAUUUUCCUUCUCGCCUUGACUGUUUCGGCUGUUCCUUUGUUGCAUAUUUUUAUGGGGGCUGAUUUUGGAGUGAUUCCCUCGGUGAUCUUUCGCGAUUGUGCUGUGAAGUAUGGUGACAUGGAAGCAAAAGUUUCUCGGGGAUCGUAUAUGUUUCAAGGUCAUUUUCUGAAUCCAAUUUGGGUGCCAUUUGUAGCGAUGCACUGUGAGGAGUAUAAGAAUCUGACGACUAAUGUCGUUGCUGAGUUAAUGGAGAAGAAACUUUUGAAUCAUAGUGCUAAAUCUCUGUGUGUUGGAGAGGGAUCGGGAUCUGCCGUUUUGGCACUGAGGGACAUUGGAUUCAGCGAUGUUAUUGGUGUUGAUCAACACCGUUUUUUCUCUCUAAGGAGAAAACAAUUCGUUUACGAACUGGACUUUAAGAGUGGAUACUUUGAUUUUGUUUUCUCUAGAGAUCUAGACAGGCAUUCGGUCCCUGCACUUUUGGUGCUCGAGAUCGAGCGCGUGCUUCGGCCUGGUGGAAUUGGGGCUGUUAUUGUGUCCUCGAGUGGGUCAAUGCCAAAUAAUUUGAUUAGAGCUGCGACUCCAGUUUCAUCUUUGCUGAAAACUUCCACUGUGAUGCAUGUUGGCCAUGUUAACAACUUAACUCUGGUUGUAUUUAAGAAGAAACUCGAAGAACAUCGCCAUUUGGAGCGUCGCAUGUCGUCUGAAUGUCGCUCUCUGACAAGGAACAAGCCUUUGAUUCGAAAACUGGAGCCUCUUGUGAAGGAAGGACCUGUGGGAUUUGAUAAAAAGUUGUCUUAUUUACCAAAGUUUGUUGAUGUUUCCAGUGGGAAAAGGUUGAUAUAUGUUAAUAUUGGAACAGGGAAACGCUUGAACCACACAAACACAGAUUGGUUUCCACCUUCCUAUCCUGUGGAUCGCAGAGAUUUUAAUGUUUAUUUUGUUGAUCAUGACAUGUCUUAUCUCGCCACCCAUAUUCAUAACCCUGGAGUCACGUUUGUUUAUCAUCCUGCCCUAGCAGGAAUUGAUCAGACAACAGAUAGCGACGAUGCGGCCGAUGACGAAGAUGAAGAGCCUUACAUUGACGACGAGUUUGAUUUCCUGUCUUGGUUCAAGGAAACUGUGCAGCAUUCUGAUUUCGUCGUCUUGAAGAUGGAUGCAGGGAAGGAAGAACUGAAGUUUCUGUCAGAUUUGUUCGAAAGUGGGGUUAUUUGCUGGGUGGAUGAGGUGUUCCUGAGCUGCAGAGAUGGAGUUGAUGAAGAAGAUGGUGAUCUGAAGAAAAGAGAAUGUAUGGAUUUGUACAAGGAUUUGAGGAACAGUGGUGUUUAUGUUCAUCAAUGGUUUCUUGAUGCUGCUCCUUCAUCCAUGAAAAUCUGAAGUUGUCUAGUUUGGUUCAUGGUUGGUGAGUAAGAAUGCUGAUGAGUUGCUAUGUGGUUGAGCGCUCAAUUAGACUUAUUAUAAUAAGCAACCACUUUGUUUACUAUUUUCUGCUCUUACUUUUUUCAAGUAUUGAAGCAAUGAACUGAAUCUGCAUCGUUUUUGUUUAUAAUAAAGAACUCUUGUACGAGUUUGCUUUA